AUGAAGAAAUCUCAGAGUGUUGUCCUAUUUGGAUCUUUUCUUGAACUCGCUCAAAAUGAGAAAGCAGGAAAGGUUAUAGACUUUGAUGACAACUAUGAAAUUACUGCAAUUUCUUCAGGUCAGCAGCAUUGCUGUGUAAUAACAAGUUCAGGCGAUUGCUUCUCAAUUGGCUCAAAUAAAUACGGCCAACUUGGUUUAGGAACAUUCGAUAAUGCAGAAGAAUUCAAAAAAAUUGAAUCAAACUCAAAAUUCGUCAAAGUACAAUGCGGAAAUGAUUUUACAAUAUGGAAAACUUCAAAUAACGAAUUCCUUAUUGCUGGAAAAAGCGUAUCAAAUCAUCCUGACAAGUUUCCACUCGAAAUUUCCGAUAUAAGUAUUUUUGGAGAUUCUAUUUGUACAAUUUUAAAUCAGCAAACAUGCCGAUUUUACGCGAAAUACUUUUCAAAUAGCUUUGUAGAAUCAGUACUACCGGCUGUUCCUGAACAAAUAUCAUGUUCUUCUGAAUAUGCUUUAGCAUUAUGUCAAGGAAGCGUUUUUAUGCUUGAUUUGACUGGUGAGUUGACAUGCAUUUUCAAUUACUGUCCUAAAAUUGUAUCAAUGCUCAGCUCUUCGACAUAUUCAAUGGCUCUUGAUUUUCAAGGUAAUUUAUAUAUGCUUGGAGACAUUGUUGGGAUGAAAAGAAAGAAUACAGAUGGUAAAAUAGCAAGCCAUGUCUCAUCUUUCUUUGUUUUACCAAAACAAGCAUUUUAUCAAACAGAAAAAUAUCAAUUAUACGGAUUUGGAUAUAAUGAGAAAGGUCAACUUGGUGAUGGAACAACAAAGAAGCGAGUAAGUGGAACUCCAAUUAACAUUGAAGGAAUUGCAAUCGGAAUUUCAGGAAAUGGUGACUUUACAUUUAUUGUUCAGACUCCUUUUAAUGAAAGAUUGCUUUCUUCGGAUUGUUCUAAACUUACACCAGAUAUGUUAAGUUCUCCACCUGAAUCUACGCUUGAUUUGAUCCCAUAA